UAAUUAUUCUCAUCUUAAACAGGACAAAGUGUCCAAACACACCGAAAAACUCCUGGUGAAGCAGCUGAGAUCCACGUGACAUACUUUUAUAAAGAUGGCGUUUAUUAAAGAGGAGAGUGAAGACAUGACGAUUGAAGAAGCGUUCAGAGUCAAACGAGAAGAUAUUGAGACACAAAGAAAGAUGGUGUUUAUUAAAGAGGAGAGUGAAGACAAGAAGAUUGAAGAAACAUUCAGAGUCAAACAUGAAGAUACUGAGGAACAAACAGACCUGAAAGACAAAAGUGAAGAACUAAAUGAAGUGGAAGACAAAGAUCAGUAUGAGAAACAUGAUUUUACUGGAGAAAGUUUGUUUAGUUGCUCACAAACUAAACAGAAUUCACAAAAGAGAGCUCAAAAGACAGGACAUUUCAUCUGCCAACAAUGUGGAAAGAGUUUCACUAAAAAAGAAACCCUUAAAGUUCACAUGAGAAUUCACACCGGAGAGAAGCCUUACACCUGCCAGCAGUGUGGAAAAAGUUUCAUUAAAAGUGGAACACUUCAAAGGCACGUUAGAAUUCACACUGGAGAGAAACCUUACACCUGCCAACAGUGUGGAAAGAGUUUUACUGAAAGAGGAAACU